CCCUCUCCCUCCCCUCGCCGUUUUCCUUGCGCCUCUCGACGGGGCGGCUGUAGCUCGGCUUUCGGCUCCCUCUGCUGAAGCUCUUGCAUCCUGCCCAGCUCCUCUGAGAGCAGCAGCGUCUGCGGCUCUUGGCGAUCUGGCAGGAAAGAUGCCUUCGCCUUGAGGUGCUGCCGGCCUCCCCCGCUCUCCAGUCUUACUCCCUCUCCCUCGGCCUCAGCAGCUCGCCGAGGAGGAAGGAGACAGGGCUACAAGGCUGAAGGGGCAGGGAAGCGGUGAUGCUCUUCCCCAGCCCCUCGGAGGAGGCCUGAGCGCGGCGUUGCCAUAGCGACGGCGCCCCCCUCUCCCUAGAUAAGGCGGGCGGGAGCAUCAGCGGCAGCCCCAGCCCAGAAGGGUCCUGCUGAAUUCAGCCAGCCCCGACGCCUCAUCGCGCCCUCCCCUCCGCCUCCCACUGCUCCUAGAGUCAAAGUGGGAGAAAAGCCCAUUUCAAUGAUGUCAACAGAAUGUGUUCAGCCACUUGAUAUCCCAGAAGACAGACUGGACAAGAGAGAUUCACACUGUAACCCUUUAGAAGAUCUGUCAGAGCAGCUGAUUAAGAGCUGUGACCUCAAAAAAAAGCCAAGAAAAGGUAAAACCAUCCCAGCCUCUCAGAACACUGAACAGGAGCAAAAAAAGCCAAGAAGAAAAGAUACACCAGCUUGGCACACCCCACCACCUUUAACGGGCAUACUUUCAGACUUUUCUGAUAAUCUGCUGAAAAGAUAUGGUAUCACAGAGAAGCCACAGAGAGAGAGAGGAGUGAGUCCAGGCUCCCAGAUGACUGAACUGGAGCAGAAAAAGCCCAGGAGAAAAGAUACACCUGCAGUACACAUCCCACCCUUGAUAAUUGGCACUAAGCUGCUUACAGAAGAAAAGCAAACAGUGAUUAUGGAAGAUGAAGAAAAGGAUGGAGACACAAUCCCCAGUUAAGAUUACAGUGAUAUUUCCCAUAAUGCAGUGUAAAUAAUUCUGGGUCAUUCAAAGUGGCAGCACAUAGAACAAACAGUCCUUUCAUUUUUAUAAAU